UGGCCUUAAACAAGCAUGGCGGCCUCCGCGGGCGCAGCUGCACUGGGCCGAAGUUCGCGCGCGGCUCUUUCACCUUGGACGCUGCGGGUGCCACGCGCCGGGCGCGGGCGGCUGCUGAGCCCCGCCGGCCUCGGAGGGCGGGCGCCGGCUGCCCUGGCCGCUUCUAGCCAGCCGAGUGCGGGAGGAGACGAACGCUACUGCCUGGAUUUGCUGCGAAAACGGGAUUAUGAAGGCUUCCUCUGUGCAUUGCUAUUGCCUGCAGAAUCACGUGCCUCUGUCUUGGCCCUGAGGGCCUUCAAUGUAGAACUGGCUCAGAUUAGAGACUCUGUAACUGAGAAGACAAUUGGUUUGAUGCGGCUAGAGUUUUGGAGGAAAGCUGUAGAAGAUAUUUACCAGGAUAAUCCACCACAACAACCAGUGGCAAUAGAGUUGUGGAAGGCUGUUAGGAGGCAAAACCUGACCAAAAGAUGGCUUAUGAAUAUUAUUGACCAAAGGGAAAAGAAUCUGGAUGACCGAGCUUAUCGGGAUAUCAGUGAACUUGAGACGUAUGCUGAAAAUACACAGAGCGCGCUCCUUUAUCUUACCCUAGAAACACUUGGUGUGAGGGACAUCCAUGCAGACCAUGCAGCCAGUCACAUAGGGAAGGCACAAGGCAUUGUAACGUGUUUAAGGGCAACUCCAUACCAUGCUAGCAGAAGGAAGGUGUUUCUUCCCAUGGAUAUUUGCAUGCUGCAUGGUGUUUCACAAGAGGACUUCAUAAGAAACAAUGAGGCGAAGAAAAUAAAAGAUACUGUAUAUGACAUUGCAAGUCAAGCCCAUGUUCAUCUGGAACACGCUAGGUCCUUCAAGAAGAAUGUCCCUGCCAAAGCAUUUCCUGCCUUCCUUUGUACUGUUGCUAUAGAAGAUUAUUUACAUAAAAUACAAAAAGCUGACUUCAAUGUAUUUCAUCCAAGUUUGCACCAGAAGAGCACUUUACUACCUUUGCAUUUAUAUAUUAGAUCAUGGAAAAAAGCUUAUUGAAAAAUAUAAGAUUGAGUCUUUCUGAUUGAGAAUUAUUAUUAUUAUUAUUAUUUUCAUUUACAUGGCAAUGUUAUAUGGAUGAUAUAUCCAGGCUCUUUUUUUCACAUUUAAUCCAAUCCCUGAUCUCACAACAACCUUAUGAAAUACAUUUGAUAAAUCAGUAACUAACCCACUGUCAAAGAGUAAACUGCAUGACUGAGUCUGUAUUUGAAUGCAAGUGUUGUCAUCCAAAUCCAAUUCUAUCCAUGACACCCAUCAUCAUAGAACUUGAGGGUUCUUUAGCAACUUUCUAUCCAGGGACUAAUUAAACGGAGCAGUGGUGGGUUUCAAAAAUUUUUUACUACCGGUUCUGUGGGUGUAGCUUGGUGGGCUUGGCUUGGCUUGGUGGAUGUGACAGGGGAAGGAUACUGUAAAAUCCCCAUUCCUUCCCCACUCCAGGGGAACGAUACUGCAAAAUCCCCAUUUCCUCCCGAUCAGCUGGAACUCGGGAGGUAGAGAAUAGAUGGGGGCGGGGCCAGUCAGAGGUGGUAUUUAGCGGUUCUCCGAACUACUCAAAAUUUCUGCUACCGGUUCUCCAGAACUGGUCAGAACCUGCUCAAACCCACUUCUGAAACGGAGCCUUGCUUAGGUUCAGCCAGGUGUUUGUAUCAAUUACAGGUAGUCCUCGAUUUAUGACCACAAUUGAGCCAAGAAAUUAUGUUGCUAAGUGACAAGUUUGUUAGUUGAGUUUUCCCCAUUUUGCAACUUUUCUUGCCACAUUUAUUAAGUGAAUUCCUGCAGUUGUUAAAUUAGUAAUAGGUUGUUAAGUGAAUCUGGCUUCCCCAUUGACUCUGCUUGUCACAAGGUCGCAAAAGAUGAUCACAUAACCAUGGGGCACAGCAAUGGUCAUAAAUAUGAACCAGUUGUCAAGCAUCCGAAUAUAAAUCAUGUGACCAUGGGGAUGCUGCAAAGGUCAUAAAUGUGAAAAACGGUCAUAAGUCACUUUUUCAGUGCCGUAACUUCAAAAGGUCACUUAAUGAACUGCUGUAAAGUGAGGAUUACCUAUACAGAUUAAAACACAGACAGCAAAAUUUGACAAAAUGAGUAUACAGUUUUCUAGUUAGCAUAGGCAUUGUGGAAAUCCUGGGAGCUGAACAUUGGACAUUUGACAAAUGUCUAGAUUGAGGAGAAUGUUCUAUAGGAUGCUGAUUUUUUACUUUUUUAAAAGAUUGUUUGCAUGCCUUAACUUGUUAAAAUGUUUCACUACUGCUUUUCACCAGAAAUAGUAAUUUACAAAAAACAAUAGCAUGCAAAAAGAAAGCCCCCACAUGCAAAUUUAACAAAAUAAUAUGCUUAAAAGCAUGAAACACAAAAACCUGAAAAGUAUGCAGAUUAUAUAUUUUCACUUAUAUGUGCCGGUCAUAAAUCCCUACAAAAGAGAAACCAAAAAAAAAAGUUAUUUUCUAGCAACAGUAGUUUGGCUAAUUAAUUGGCUGGUACUUGGUUAAUGUGAACUGUAACUGUAUUCUGUGGAUAACUAACUAACAGUAUGUUAGUUAUCAAAUGUGCUUCUUUCACAAGAUACUUAGAAAAUAUUUGUGAAUGUGUGUGUGCAUGUGCACCUUCAAGUCAGUUUUUUUUUUAUUCCUAGUGACUACCCGGAUAGGUUCUUGAACUUGCUUGGCAAUAUGUUGGAAGUAGCUUCCCAUUGCCUCCUUCCUAGGGCUGAGAGAGUGACUGGCUCAAAAUCACCCAGCUAGCUUCAUGCUUAAAAUGGGACUAGAAUUCACCAUCUCCCAGUUUCUAGCCUGAUGCCUUAACCAAUAUAUCAAAAAAUACGAAAAGAAAAAGAUACUGUUAACAUGCUAACAUAAAAAUGCAUAUUUUUAAAAUUUCCUUUACAGAACUAUGUAGAUGCCUGCAUUUUCAGUUAUGAUUUCAUUAGUAGCACAGGAAACAAAUAUAUUUAUUUAUUUACAAAGUUAAAUGGCUGCCAAUCUCAUACAAUGUUUUCAGGUGACACACACAUUUUAUAACAUUUUUAACUUGCAAAUACUUUCAACUUUUGCUGCUGGAUGAAACACUCUUUCAAAAUUGGCCAGUAGAAAUAUCUGUUUGGCUUGCAAACUUUUUAUAUCAUUCAGACAUUUGAUAUGGAAACUUUUCUAGUAUGAUGUGCAGGAAUUAAAGUUAUGAUUUGUUGGUCGAAUCAAUACAGUUCAUUCUCAGAUGUUUGCUUUAUGAAUAGACAGUUGUAUUGGAAUAGCUUUACUAUGGAAUUGUUUUUUUAAAAAUAGUAUUUCUUUGACAGGGUGUGCCUAGGAAAGAAUUUUAUAUAUCUCAGAAAUCAACCAAAGUUUGAACAUCAGUUGGCUCAGGAGAAUAAUAUUAAUUACACUUUGGCCUAUGCCUGUUAAAUCUUGACCAGAUAAACUGAGAGGUUGGGAUUGAUGAAGAAGCUUCAAAAUCUGUUUUCUAUGCAAAUAAUACCCAUUUGAAUCUACAACAUUUCAAGAAAAGUUUAGAAGGUUUCAUUUUCUGAAACACAGGAGACCUGGUACCAGCAACUAUAAUUAACACUGCCCUAAAAUAGACUAGUGGUUUGACUCAGAAGAAAUUGUUCUUCAUUUUACUUAGGCUCAGAUAGUCUUAAAUCUUUUGCAGUCUAGCUGCAAAAGGCAAGAAAUGAUUCCUUGUGUGAUGGAAGGCAAGGAGGUGUAGUAAAACCCAGAGAAUAUGCAUGAGCAGACAGGAGCCAGUAAACAGGAUGUGAGUUCAGAAAAUUGCAACAGAAGUCAUGUGAGAUUGUAAGGUUUUAAAGAAUAAUACAAUACUGUGUCAAAGUGCAGGUAUUCCUGGCUAUGGACUCUGUAAUCAACAGAAGCUAAGUAGGUGAAAUUUGUCAUCUUCAACCCCUAAUUUCCCUUCUCUCAGGAAACUGCCUAGAAUUCUCCCUGUGGAUGAACACAAGGAGGCAGCUUGUGACAAGUAUUUUUCCUUGUGCUAAUCAUUUACAGGCUGAUGGGUUAAUUUCUUCCUUCUGUUUAAAAGAGUUAGCUAGCCUAUCUAUGCAUCAUUUCCUCCAGCAAUCCUUCCAUCUUCUGGCCUCUUUCUCCUCUUUUUAGUAUACAUGAAUAUCUCUGCUUUCUCUGAUAUUAUUUUUUUUAAGAUGUCCUGUAUUCUGAAUGGAAAAAUAUUGAACUGUACAGGUAGUCAGUCCUUGCUUAACAACUGCCCUGUGUUUAGUGGCGGUUUAAAAUUAUUCUGGUACUGAAAAAGCAUGUUUAUGACUGGCCCCCACUGCAGCAUGCCCAUGGUCGUGUGAUUGUGAUUCCAGCACUUCAGAACCGGUGGUGUUUGACUGUCGUAGCGUCCUGUGGUCAUGAUUGCCAUUUGUGCCUGUCACAGCUAACUUCUGACAAGCAGAAGCUGGCAAUAAAAUUGUAAGUUGUGGUCACGUCUCUUGCUUAACAACCAUGGGUGAUUCCCUUAACUAUUGCAAUGGAAGUGAGGUAAGGCCAUUGUGGUCAUGUGAUAUCUUGCUUAAUGAUUGUAUCAUUUAGUGACAGAGUUGUCAGGCCCAAUUUUGGUUGUUAAGCAAAGACUAAUUCAUCUCAGCAUUAUCCCCAUAUAAUAUUGACUGAUAUCGACUAGAAACUUGAUUAAAACCAUAACCCAACAUUGUCCUGCCUGGGAUUCUCCAGUUUUGUUGGUCUACAAUGCAUGGUGAGGCAUUCUGGGAUUUGUAGGCCAAUGUAGCUAACCCUCAAGUACAGGCCAACAGUCCUUUGCAUGCAACAGAAGUAGCAUAAUAAUUGGGAGGAAUGUGAAUGCAACCCCAACAUCUUCAUUUGAUUUAAGAGAUUGCUGUACAAUUAGCACAAAGAACUGACCUAAAAAAGACAUAUCUUCAGGAACCAAUGGCCUUGCUAUGUUGCUGAAUUACAUGCAUACUAGUGAAAGAUUCUGGCAGUUCUGGUUCAGUGGCAUCUGGAAAGCCAUUUAUUUCCCACCCAUGUGAAAGAAUUUGGGAUAUGCUUUUAUCUGAAUACAUUUUACAAUCCUACCUGUGAAGUCUGUGACCCGACCCAAUUUUACUACUAUUUUUAAUGGUCAUAAAAGUAAAAUCAGUCAUAAGUGUGAAUCCAGAUUAACCAAUGGUGUAUUUUGCGGGGCCACGGAAUGGUACAACUGAUGUAAGUUGGAUCACAUGACACGGGGGUGACAGUCAUAAGUUCAAAUUUAGGUUGUGAGUGACUUUUUGAAGGCUGUAAUCAAUUCAAAUUGUUUUUACAAAUGUACAAAUUGUAAAUUGAUGGUAUACGUUCUGCGUAAGUACAGUGUUUUCCACAUCAUAUAUUUGUGCUACCACAUUUGAAACUGAGGGUCCUAAUUAUAUAAUGUAAUGCAAACAAAAUAAUUAUGAGAAAGAGAUUUAAGAUAAUUAUUUAGUACAAUAAGUCAGCCCAAAUUGCAUAUCAGAAAUAUAUGUACUCAAGGAGCUGUAAACAUAUGCAACUGAGUAGUAUAUGUCAUCAGAGCAUAAUAUUCUGAUAUCUCAAUCAGUAUCCAUUUGGCUGCAAAAUGGCACAUAAAUUCACAAGGUUUGUGUGAAUAAAAGGGUAGGGAUGUAAUCAAUAUAUAAGAGCUUAUACUGUAGUGCCUACAAGAUCUUAAUGAUAUUUAGCAUCUUUGCUUACAGAAUCAAUCAAGAACAUUCAUUCAUUCAUUCAUUGAAUAUCAAUGUUGAAAGAGUUCUGUGUACUGAUUCAGAUAUUUGCAUGGCUCCCAAGAAACAUUGUUCAGAUAUUUAAGAUAUAUUAUGUUUCUUAAGUUUAAAGAAAUAUUGAAGGCGCUUUGAAACACAUUUGUUCAUCACAGGAGGAAAUAAAAUAUGUUUUGAAGCUA